GCGAAAUCCGGUUCAGUCGUGCUUGGACCGCCACGCGAAGAUCAAGGAUGAAUUCUUACAUUGUCCUUCACGGCGUCGGAGAUCUGCGUUUGGAGAAGGGGCCUGUUCAAGAAAUUGAACCUCAUGAGGUCCUCGUGAGGAUGUCCUGGGUCGGGAUCUGCGGAUCGGAUGUGUCCCUGGCGUACAAAGGGAAGCUGGCGGACUAUGAACUGGAACCGCCCCUAGGAGUGGGACACGAGGCUUCAGGCGUGGUGGCCAAAUGUGGCUCUGACGUCAAGAACCUGAAGCCCGGUGACCGCGUGGCCUUGGAGCCCGGAAACCCCUGCGGUUCUUGCCAGUUCUGUCGAGGGGGACAUUAUAACACCUGCGAGACUUCCUGCUUCCACAGCUCCCCCGUGCCUAACCCGGGAUGCCUCAGCCACUACUACAAGCACAGGGCCGACCUUUGCCAUAAGUUGCCAGACACCGUGAGCCUGGAGGAGGGCGCCCUGAUCGAGCCCUUCGCCGUCGCCAUCCACGCGUGCCGCCGCUCCGGGGUGUCCAUGGGGACGUCGGUGCUGAUCUGCGGCGCCGGGCCCCUGGGGCUGCUCGGCCUCGUCACCGCGAAGGCCAUGGGCGCCUCCAACAUCCUCGUCACGGACAUUAAAGCGAAGCGCCUGGAAGUGGCCAGGCAGAUGGGCGCCCACCACACGCUGCUGGUGGACGGAAGCGAGCCCCGCGCCUUCGCCCAGAGGGUCAAGCAGACGAUGGGGUGCAUGCCGGAGGUCAGCCUCGAGUGCAGCGGCGUGGAGUCCGCCUUCGCAACCGCCAUAUACGCCACGAGGAUGUGCGGCGUCGUGAUGGUGAUGGGGCUGCCCACGAAGGACGUCACGCUGCCCAUCGUCAACGCCGCCAUCCGCGAGGUCGACAUCAGGGGCGUAUUCAGAUACGUCAACUGCUACCCCAUUGCCAUCGAAAUGAUCUCCAAGGGGCUGGUGAACCUGAAGGCCCUCAUCACACACUCCUUCAAAUUCGGGGACUUCCAGAAGGCGUUCGAGAUUUGCCGCGACGGCGCUGACGGAGUGGUCAAGUGCCUCAUUUCCUGCGAGUGAAGGUGGAAUUGCCUACUUGCGUGUUCAAUAAAGCUGAUUUGCAAGAGAUUGCAGAGUGAUAACAUGUAUAAACACUUAUUGUAAACAUCCACUUGAGGAAGAUAACAAUUAUAUAAUUAAUGAGGCACAAAUCCCCAACGGUUCACAGGGAUCUCAUACAUACGAGAUAAAAAAAAAAAAAAAAAAAAAAAAAAAAAAUAUAUAUAUAUAUAUAUAUAUAUAUAUGUGUGUGUGUGUGUGUGUGUGUGUGUGUGUGUGUGUGUGUGUGUAUUAACUUUGUAGUAGAAAGUGUGCCUGUGGAACUGAGGAAUAUCUACAUUCCUUCAAGUCAAAGCCAUCCACCUGUCUCCCGAAACACUGAGCGGUCUUUCCACUUUUUUCAAGGAUUAUCACAAAUUGCUUCAAAUGCUCUAUGUUUUUCAUGCUGGAUAACGCAAAAGAACCGAGUCAUGAGCAGUGGCAAAUUGUUGCUUCUUUAAUCGCAAUGAUUCCGUCCCAACCAAGCAAAAGAAACGCAACCAGGUAACUUUAUUUCAAAGGACGACUAGAAAUAUUUCAAGUACUGGGAGGACCGUCACGCAGAGUGUAUGGAGAGCCAGAGCGUCUCCUUUGAAGAGAGUUAAAGUUUUAACAAUUGAACUAGCGCGGUUUUAUUUUUAAAAACGUUGACAACGCUGCAUGGACACAUAUGCAUAAAGUGUGCCAUUACUUAUGUAGUUUUAUUUCUUGAUUUAAUAAAUUCUGUCAACUGUUA